CACUUUUAACGGGAGGUAACUCUGAAAUCAACACAUCUGCGUCGAGAGGACAAUAUCGAUGAUGUAAACAGAAUGAAAACACCCCCAAUUUUUGUGCAUCUUGUUUAACUUGCAUCGGGCAUAUCAACGAAGUAGUGAGCAAAAUGUAGAGAAAAAGAAAAUUUAAUUGACAGAUAGUUGUGUGUUCAGGCUACAGCUCUGGAACGCAUCAAGGGCAUUAUACUGUAUAAAAACACGGUUAAGACUUUAUCAAUGCAUAAUCAAGAGACAAUGAAGAGAGAAAAGGCUGACCAGAUAAUUCCAGAAAUAGCCAUGCGGGGGGCAUCCAUGCGAGAUAUCCAGGCCAAAAUGGCAGAGCGGGAGAUCAACGAAGAGGAGAUAACUCAUCGAGAGCACGAAAUCAAUUUAAAAGUGUCAAACCACAGUAAGAUCAUCACCUCUCUAAUGGCAGGAGCAAUGGCAGGAGCUGUGGCUAAGACAGUGAUAGCCCCGCUAGACAGAACAAAGAUCAACUUCCAGAUCUCCCAUAAGCAGUUCUCCUUUAGGGGAGCCAUCCUUUUCCUGGUAGACACAGUGAAGAAGGAAGGCUUCACUAGACUGUGGAGGGGGAACUCUGCUACCAUGGUCAGAAUCAUACCUUACGCUUCCAUACAGUACGCCUCUCACGAACAGUAUAAAAGACUGCUAAGCACAGACAAACGGAAACAGCAUCUUCCUCCACAUCUGCGUUUCCUGGCCGGGUCUCUAGCAGGAGUUACCUCCUCUUCACUAACCUAUCCCCUGGACCUGAUGAGGGCUAGAAUGGCUGUCACAGUCAAGUCUCAAUAUAGUAACCUAUGGUCAGUGUUUAGACACAUAGUGAAGGCUGAGGGUGUGGCUACCCUCUACAGGGGCUUCACCCCCACAGUGCUGGGGUCCAUUCCUUACUCAGGGGCCAGCUUCUUCACAUAUGAAACUCUGAAGAAAUGGCAUGCAGGUUACUGUGAUGGUAGGGACCCGAGCCCUAUAGAGAGGAUGAGCUUUGGAGCUGUGGCCGGCUUAAUAGGACAAUCUGCCUCCUACCCACUAGACAUUGUCAGACGGAGGAUGCAAACAGCAGGUGUGAUGGGUACCAGUCAUGAGUACACCUCUAUCUAUCAGACUGUGUGUUUAGUCUGGAGGACGGAGAGCUGGAGAGGCCUAUAUAAGGGACUCAGCAUGAACUGGAUCAAAGGUCCCAUCGCGGUCGGCACAAGCUUCACAGUGUACGACAUCUCUCUACAUUACCUUAGAAGCUUUACCUACUUCCACGUGGACGAAGAGGAUGGGACCUAAUUAGAAUGCGGCAUUUAGAUAUUUAUAGGAGAAAAUAUUGUAGUCAUUUUGAUUAUUAACAAACUUGUUAUGGAUUAUUGUGUAGAAAUUUUAAGAUAUUUAAAUGAAAUGUGAUAUGUUGUGUGAGAAGAAGCCAAAAUUGAUGAGUGAUAAAUGUUUGAUAAGUUAUAGGUAGUUUAGGCAAGAAAUAUUUUUUAAUAUUCUGAUUUUCAGAAUGCAUCAUACUCUUAUGUUUUUCAGAGUUUUCCCUUCCUAUGUUAAUAUAUAAAGGCAUUUUUUUUGCUCUGUUGUUGGUCAAGAUAGCAUUACGUUUAUAGUAAUUCAGAGACAAAUAAGAUAUAUAUUAUUAAAGUUAAGUUUUACAUUGCUUCAACACCUGGUACAUGUAUGAAUGAAUUAUUACAUGUAGUUUAAGUACAUAAACCCAAGUUUAUUUCCAAGUUUCUAUCACAUGGCACUUAUACAAAUGCAUAUCAUACAUAUGUGAAAUUUGAUAUUAUUUCAAAGAGAUGUGUUCAUGCAUUUUUCAAAGAAGCUAUUUUGCUUUAAUGUUGAUGACGAUUCUUAAAAUUGACUAUCUUCAUGGAAUUGUGGUACACUUACAAAAACUGAAAGAUGUUUAAGCUAAAAACUGGUGAUUGGUUAGCAAUUUGAACUUCUUUAGGCUUCAAUACUAAUUAGUGGGUUCAUGCAAAAACAAUCCUUUUCAUUAUUAUGAAAAGUAUAUAUAUGUUAAAUUUUAUGUAGAAAUCACAAUAAAUUCUGAAGAAGUAAAAAAUCCUUUUACUGUGAAAUCACAAAUUUUCGUUGGGGUUUAAUUUUUUGUUGUUUUUGAAGAAUCUAGAGACCCACAAAUUCAUGUACACCAGGAAAUGUAAAAUGUUACAAACAUAACUACUCGACAAUUCUUCAUCCAUAAAAUUAAAUCCCAACGAACCAUGAGUUUUGCUGCAAACCAGGAAAAUUUGACCCCAUGGAAAUAUGUGAUUUUACAGUAUAUAAAAUUUGGUUUAAGUAUACAUGUAUGUAUAAGUGUAGACGUUUGAUAACGUUGAGAGAAAUUUGCAUGUGAGUGAAUCUUAGGUUUGUUAUAUUUUUACCUCCCUAGCAUUCAGAUAUAUGUAUUUAUAAUCUAUCGUUACAUGGAUUUUUUCCACAAUUCAGAACAUACUAGUCCUGAUAAUGUUUCAGUAGUUGUUUUUAUAUGUCUUAGUCAGUCUGUCACAAGCAUAAUUUGUAUAUGGUUAAGUAAGUCCCAUUUUACUGGUAGUUAGCUGCUUGUCAUCUUGUCAGUCUUGUUUGCUUUAAGUUUUGCAAUUUAUAGCCCUGUAGCAACUGCUAAUGAUAUAAUGCUGCUUAAUGAUACAAAUAUCAUAAAGCGUUGCAACUGUAACACUUAAUGCCUUAAA